CACGGUCACACUUGUCUUCACUGAAAACGCUACCCAAAUUUAACUACUUUCGAAAGAACGGGGUUUAUUAAUAAAAACUUACUAGCCAGCUCUUUUCAGAGUUUGCUGACUGUCUCAACUAAUUGUAAACUACUUCGGCAAUACAAAAAUGGCGCGUGCCCAAAGUCCCGCCGGCGAGGGUGAGAAGGAAAAGGACAACAAGGAAAAGGACACCAAAGAGAAGGACGGCAAGGCGGCGGCCAGCAGCUCCUCGCGUAGGGAACGCGAACGAAAACGACGCGGAUCGGCGUCAUCCAGCAGCGACUCCAGAAGCAGCUCAUCGGACAGCAGCUCUUCGCGCAGCAGUUCCGGCUCAGACUCGCGCUCAAGCUCGAGCAGUUCCAGCGACUCAUCCAGCUCCUCCUCGUCAUCGUCCACCGACUCGGAUCGCAGCGAGAAGAACCGACGACGUGGCGGCGGAGCUGGCGGCAAGGACAAAGAUAAGGAGAAAGUCAAUGCACGAUCCCGCUCUCGCACCCGUUCGCCCAGGCGCGUCUCUAAAUCUCCCCGGCCGGGCAGCAAAACCCGAAAGGAACCGGAGCGGGAUCGCGAGCGCCGCAGUCGUUCCCGAGAUCGAGCCCGUCGAGCUGGAUCCAACGAUAGACCUGCCGUUGAAAGCAAUAAUGUAAAGCGCGAGCGCUCUCGCUCUGCCAGUCGAUCAAGAUCGCCACGACGACGUGGACGUGGCUCAGUGGAGAGGACGCCGCCCCCGAAGCGAAGGGAGCGCUCUAGGUCGCGCACUCGCACACGUUCGCCCACUCCAAAGCCUGUGCGCAUCCAUGUCGGCCGACUUACCCGCAAUGUGACCAAGGACCAUGUGUUCGAGAUAUUCAGCAGCUUCGGGGACGUGAAGAACGUGGAGUUUCCCGUCGAUCGUUAUCACCCGAAUUUUGGACGCGGCGUAGCUUUUGUGGAAUACGCCACCGCCGAGGAUUGUGAGUCGGCCAUGAAGCACAUGGAUGGCGGCCAGAUCGAUGGCCAGGAGAUCACUGUGUCGCCAGUUGUCAUACCUAAACAGCGGCCACCUAUGCGUCGUCCCUCGCCUCCGAUGCGCCGUCCGCAGAACAACCGCUGGCGCUCCCCACCCCAAUUCAAUCGGUUCAACAAUCGUGGCGGUGGCGGUGGUGGUGGCGGCGGACGUCGCCAGUCGCCCAUGAGGAACCGGCGUUCACCGCGUCGCCGCUCUCGCUCGCCCAUCCGGCGUCGACGUCGCAGCAACAGCAGCGACAGCUCCCGCUAGAGGGUACUGAUCGAUUCCUAGAUUGUACAAUGGACACACGAUUCAUGCCGAUUGGCAAACACAUGCACUUUUCUUUAUAUUAUGAUCCAAACAAUAAACGUGAGCAAGGGCCACACACAAUAGUC